AUGUCGCUUCUACAGAGUGUACAGAUUGCGCAUCUUCCGCCCUCAUUAGUAGUCCAUAUUGCGCUCUAUCGCGAUGUGAAGAACUCACCGUUUCUAAGAGAGCAGCUUAUCUCUGGAAACUCGGCAUAUGAGUACGCUUUUAUUGAUGCUAGUAUGAUACUUUCGACCACCCAUGUCCUUGCGGCUGCGUUUAGAGCAAUAAACGACUACGAGAAUAAACGAUUAAAGUCAAGAAAUGUGCAUUCGGAGAUAGUGUUUGCUCUAAGCCCGAAUAAUAAUAUAGCGGAUGCUUUCCGUCGGUUUGGCAUAACGGAUUCAACUAAAGAUCUCCUUGUGGUGAAAGUUAGUACGACUCCAGAUAUCACACAUGAGAGUAUAUCAAAGCAUCUAGGAGAAGCUAUCGAAGGCACCCAAGUGGCAUUCGACGAUGCUACUCUCAGCCAGAUCACAGAUAUUUCGAAGAUUCAGAAGGCGUAUAAGCUAUCAAAUGUGGUAGACCAAAAACCAUCCAAGAAGCCAACGGUGGAUGCGGCGGAGAAGACUCUCAAGAAACGGCUAGAAACCUCUAUAGUCGGAGCUAUUGCUUUGAGAGGGUCUUGA